CGGAGGCAGCUAGUGGACAAACGGUGUUACUACAUGUGAGCAAACUACACCUCCAGGCAGAGGGGAAAGUGAAACUAAAAGCUAACAGUAAGGUAACUCUGUGUGUGUGUGUGGCUGUGUAGCAACAGCGGGCAUGUUUAAAUUUCGCACGUUUGCCGUUAGUAGCCGUUAGUUUGGACGUUGCUAGGCGGCUUCAUGUUGGCUGAAGGCGAAAUGGAGGCCGACGCCUGGGACAAAACCAGGACGGUGGUCGUGUCCGGUGUGCCUAACGUGUUGCCCGCCAGCAGGAUGAUUGACAAGCUGACUAUUCAUUUCCAAAGCUGCCGGAGAAGUCACGGAGGAGACGUCGAGGUGGUCAGGUAUCCCACCAACUCGGACGGGGUCGCGUUUGUCGCUUUUGACAAAGCUGAAGCCCAAUAUUUUUGCAUCCAGAUGGCCAGAAGAGUCUUUCUGGACAUAGAUUCAGAGCUGCUGCAAGUGUUGUUUAACAACCUUCUGGGUUUUUCAUAUGCAGAGAGGGUGGUGCGAAAGCAGCAACACAUCAUGACUGACGAUGAGUUUCCUGACAACUACCUUCUCACGGUGUUCCCCUUCACUAGAGAUGUGUUUUUGUAUGUACCCAGGGCUACGGUCAAUCUCCCCAUAUUCGGCAGAGAUCAAGCAGCGCUGAUUCAGAGUCUGCAGUCAGCUCACAGGUCGCUACGUUUCCGACCUCUGCUAGAGCAGAGAAAAGCCACCAUUGAGGGGCCUUUCACUGCCGUCAAGGCCCUGAGAGAGGACCUCAUCUGCAGGGCCAGCCAGCUUCAAUCAGUCCAAACUUCUCCCUUCAAACUAAGAGAAACUCCUCUUAAUCCGACGGUAAUAUCUCAUCAUGAGGUUGUCGGCUCUGUAAGCUGCAGCGGUUCUAACACUAAGCUGGAACCAGCGAGCUCAAACAGCUUAUCAACGGCGCUGCAGACCACAGGUGAGGGAACUGAAGUCCAAAGCCUGCUCUCAAAUGCAAAACCUCAAAACGCUUCCUUGAGGCAAAAAGUUUCCAAUGAGAGUUUGACAGCAGGGAGCUUUUGCGACACACAGAGUGAUGAAAUAAGGGAGAAAAGUCCUCGGACCAAGCUCGAAAUGCCCACAGAAUAUAGACCAAAAACCAACCCCAGACAAUUCAGGGAGGAGAUCAAUGCAGGGAUUGCAUCUUCCUUAUCAGGCAUGGAGUUGCUCCCUGCAGAGGGAGUAUCAGCGAAAAACCCUGGAGAUGACGAUGUGACACAAAAAAGCAGCAGACCAGACAGGAUUUCAGCAACCAUGACCAUAAGAGAAAGUAAAUUGGGCUCCCGCUACAGCAGUACUGACCGUCUGAAGAAAUCGCAUCAGAACAGCUCAGCCUACACCGCCGAGCUCCUCCAGACCGGACUUAAAGAUGUCUUGACGUCCUCCGAGGGCGACGUGAGUGCAAUCUGUCCAGAGGAUCCUGAGGAUACGUGCAUCUGGGUCGAUUCAAACAUAUUCAGAUACAUUGAAAAAUUUCACAAGAAGGCAUUGGAUAGAUGCUUGAGAGGUCUUCAUGCAUCCACUAUGGAUAUGGAAGGAACCGACCUCACGCGGAUACUGUUGACCGAGAAGCAAACCUCCAAGACGGCCUCUAGGAUCCAGGGGGCCUUGGAAAACCUGAAGUCUUUGGUGGAGUUUCAGCAGUCGAUCUUAAGAGUUCAUCAGAUCGACUAUGACGAGGAGGAGCAGCCUGACAGAAAGAAACUGAUUAAGAUCUGCGAUUAUGUGAAUUCCCUGUACGAUGACGUUCUAUAUAUGUUGGAGGAAUCUCACAUAAAAAUCAUCGGCCCUUCAUUCUCCAGUCACCGGUUCUAUAAGGGAGUGGAGGACAGAAUUAGGAAACUAAAGGACACUCUUGUAAAUCACUGAGAAUUUAUCAGCAAAAACAAAAUGAAUGUACUUUUACGACUGACCACAAGGUGGUGCAGUUGUGCUGCAUGUUGCCUUCAUAAAACCAGCUCCUGCACAGUUCUUGGCUAAAAUCAACAUCUAUAUUUUGUUAUUGUUACAAGUGUUUAGUUACAUUACAGCCAUGGUUUUGUUUCCUGAGUUCAACUCAUACGGUUAGAUUUCAUAUUCCGGGCUAACAUUUAAGAACUACGCUCUUGGUUUCUUUGUGUUUCUAUGGUGAAACUUGCCUUUUGUUUAUGUGUUGAUUAUUAAUUAGGCCUUUUAAAUAGCAGGUCUUAAUCCCAUCCAUGUUCUCACAGCAGUAGGGAUAAGUCUUAAUUAACCUCCUCACAUCUUAAUUACAGCAGAUAGGCUGCUAAUUAAAAACAAAACUGACAGAUGCCAACUAGUCUCACAUAAUCAUUUCUUCUUUUUCUUCUGUCCAGAGAUUUUUGACUCUCACUUUAUCGCUCAUUAUAUGAGUUUAAAUGUUAUUUCAUUACAUAACCCUGUGUCGGAUUUUUGUCAAUAAAUCCUUUUCUUUGAGGCG